AUAUUUUAUUACUCUCUUCUCUUAUUUUUUGAGGUUUAUGUAACACACACACACACACACACAAAAUCAAAUUCUUCUCCGAAAAUGGAGGAAAACCUAGAAGCUGAUAAUACGAUCCCAACUCUGUGUGAAGAACCUAAGUGGAGUCUUGUCAAUUUGUCAUAAUAUAAACUCCUCCAAAUUGUGAAAAUCCCAAAUCUUAAAAUCGUCGAAGUUGUCUUUCAAAAUCUGAUCUUGACUGAAAACAAGAAACAUGUACAUGUCCGAGAAACCCCAGCAGCAAGAAUCCGCCAUCGAUUUCUACAACGGCGGCGGAAAACAAGAAGCUGGGCCGCUCCAGAACAGCAACAUGAUCAUCCAGCUCCCCGACGGCGGCGGUGCGGCGCCCGAGGACGCCGCCGCAGCCCACAAUCCAGCCCACCACGCCUCAUCCUCGGCGGCGCCGAAGAAGCGGGCCGAGACGUGGGUGCAGGAGGAGACGAGGGCUCUCAUCUCCCUCCGCAAAGAGAUAGACAUGCUGUUCAACACCUCCAAAUCCAACAAGCACUUGUGGGAUAACAUCUCACUCAAGAUGAGGGAGAAAGGUUUUGAUAGAUCCCCUACGAUGUGCACAGAUAAAUGGAGGAAUUUGUUGAAGGAAUUCAAGAAAACGAAGCAGAAUAAUCGAGAUGGGAAUGGGAAUGGGUCGGCUAAAAUGAGUUAUUACAAGGAGAUUGAGGAGAUUUUGAGGGAAAGGAGCAGAGAUGGGCCUAAUUGGAAGACUUCUGAAGCUGCAAAUACUGCUGGGCCUCCCAAAGUCGAUUCUUUUAUGCAGUUUGCUGACAAAGGUAUUGAUGACGCCAGUCUUACUUUUGGACCUGUGGAAGCUAAUGGCAGGUCGACUCUCAACUUAGAGAGACGUUUGGACCACGAGGGUCAUCCUCUUGCGAUAACUGCUGCUGAUGCUGUUGGAGCCAGUGGAGUUUCUCCGUGGAAUUGGAGGGAGACGCCCGGAAGUGGUGAACAGACUAAUACAUACGACGGAAGGGUGAUAAUCGUUAAACUGGGAGAGUACACGAAGAGAAUAGGGAUCGAUGGCAGUGCAGAUGCCAUCAAGGAAGCUAUCAAAUCCGCUUUCAGGUUAAGGACUAAACGCGCGUUUUGGUUGGAAGACGAGGAUAAUGUGGUCCGAACACUCGACAGGGACAUGCCUCUGGGAAACUACACUCUUCACGUUGAUGAAGGGCUGACGAUAAAAGUAUGUUUCUACGAGGAAUCUGGGCCGAUGCCAGUGCACACGGAGGACAAGACCUUCUACACGGAGGAUGAUUUUCGUGACUUCCUCUCACGCCGUGGCUGGAUUGGUCUGAGAGAGUACAACGGAUAUAGGAACGUCGAUAGCAUGGACGAGCUCUUGCCCGGAGCUAUCUAUCGUGGGGCCAACUGACGGCGGUUUUUUUCGACUUCUACCACGAGUAAGUAAGCACGAUCGAACUGUGCCAUCUUUCAAGGGAAAUGUGGAGCUAAUUCUUUUGUACAAAAAAAAACAAAAAAGAAUUUUCACAUUUCUUUGGCCGUGAAACUAUUUUGUAAAUGUGGAUUUUGUUGAAUUGUUUUAUGAUAUGAGUUAAU